AUGCAAUCGACAUUAAUUCUCGUACUCGUUACGCUUGCUUUGAGCAGCACUUGCAUUCGUUCCAUGACGGUCAAUGGACAAUGGAAAGCAUGGAAAAAUCAGUUUCAGAAAAGUUACACAAAUGUUGAAGAACGCCUUCGCCGUAUGAUUUGGGAGAAAAACUUGGAAUUAGUAGAAGAACACAACCGCCGAGCUGACCUUGGUCUUCAUACUUAUCGACUUGGAAUGAAUCAGUUUGCAGAUUUAACUAAUGAAGAAUUCGUCAAAUUAUUGAAGAAGUUUCCUAGUAAACGUAUUCAAAAGACGAAGCGAGCGUUCACAGAAGAUUCUAAUCUUGAGAUACCGGACACUGUUGAUUGGCGUGAUAAACAUGCUGUCGUUCCCGUUAAAAACCAAGGUCAAUGCGGAUCAUCUUGGGCAUUUUCAGCAGUUGGUUCAAUUGAAGGCUUAUAUGCGAUUAAAACGGGCAAACUCGUUUCACUCUCUGAACAACAAUUAGUUGAUUGUUCGACUAAACAGGGAAAUUACGGGUGUAACGGUGGAUUGAUGACUCAAUCUUUUCAAUAUUUGGAAGAAGCCGGUGGAAUCCAGUCAGACGCCACUUAUCCAUACAAAGCGAUUGAACAGACAUGUACAUUUAACACAUCGGAUGUUGUGGUGAGAGUUUGUGGAUACGUUACCAUUCCAUCCGGAAAUGAAAGUGUUCUCCAACAAGCUGUAGCUUUGAUUGGGCCCGUUGCAACUGCUAUUGAUGCCAGUCACUCUUCAUUUCAAAUGUACCAAAGCGGAGUUUACGAUGAACCACAAUGUCAGGCUACUCAACCCGAUCAUGGAAUCUUUAUUAUUGGUUAUGGAAAUGAUUCAGGCAAGGACUAUUGGCUCUUAAAAAACAGUUGGGGUACUGGCUGGGGUGAAAAAGGUUUUGUCAGAGUGGUACGAAAUAAAAAUAAUCAAUGUGCUGUUGCUACAAUGGCUAGUUAUCCAAUGAUAUGUUAG